AAAAUCUGUACCCAGCAAGGAUUUCAAGUGGAUGAUACUUGAAAACAGUUGCUUUGCAUGGAAGUCGUUCACUCCGAUUCGACUUGCGGAUUAUCGAACCCUGUCAUCCUUUCACGCCGGUAUUCUGGUUUCCGGCCCGAAGAACCUGAGUUUCGUAAUAUAAGAAGAAGAACCUUCCGACGUGAUGUACGCUGUAGUGUGUUUCUUGGUGUUGGCGGCGGUCAAGUGGGCAGCGUGCCAAAACACCGAUCAGUAUAACCAGUAUACUCAGAGCUUGUUUCCGGAUGGUAGCAGCGGCGGUACCUACGCUCCGUACAUAGAGACUACAGCAUAUUCCAGUGCCAGCUAUUCCGAUUAUACUGUCCCAACUACUGGUGUGAAUGUUGCUGAUGUGGAGCGCGCGGAUGUGAGGAUACAGAAUGAUUCGUUGCCUAUAUCAAACACUGAAGCGUCCGUUAGCCUGGAUGAGCUAUUACUUGUACAAGUGGUUCAUCGCCAUGGAGAGCGCACAUCCCUCUUCCAAAUUCCCACCGCCGGCGAGGUACAACGCCAGAACAGUCCCUCCAUCGAAGCCCAGCUGACCUCCAACGGGAUCCGACAAAUGUACGAAUACGGACAAUUUAUCCGCACCCGAUACCACGCUUUCUUCGAGGACGGGGAGCGCGCAUCCAGUCAACGUAUUAAAGUGAUUUCCUCAGCCACCGAUCGGACGAUUAAGAGCGCCCAGGCCCUCAUCGCCGGGCUGUUGCCGCCUAACGGUACGCGGCGCCAAUGGAAUACUCCGCUGGGAGAAUACUGGAAUCCAUUUCCGGUGUACACGCGACCGCGCCAUCAUGAUGCGCUACUGCUGAACUACGACAUGGACUGUCCGGAAUUUGCUAAGUUGCGCAACAGUAUUGGGGAAUUGCCGGCCGCUAAAUUACUGCAGAAUGAAUUGCAGGGAUUUAAGGAAAAUGUGAUCAAAGCAACCGAUGUCAUGGAAUACAACUUUUUCGAAACCACUACUCGCAUCCACGACGCGUUGCUGCAUCAACAGCGUUACGCCAACGAUAGCAGUUACCCGAAAUGGAUGAAUCAAAGCCUGUACGACACCAUGGACCGCAUUGUCAAUAUGCGAAUGCACUUGAUUGCCGGCGGAAACCGGGAUCGGGUACGGACUCGCUUCCGCGUGGGACAUUUGCUUAAAGAGAUCGUCGACCGAAUGAACACGGCCGGCCAAGCGUAUAAAACUGGGAAGUCGAACGAGCUGAAGAUGGUUCUUUAUUCUGGUCACGACGAAAACGUUGCUGGGAUUUUGGCGGCGUUGGAUUUGUUCAAUUAUACAGUGGCUGGACCCAACUUCGGCGUCCCAAAAUUUACGGCUUCCAUCAUUUUUGAAUACUUCCGGAAUAAUACAGUGAGGGUUCUUUUCAAAAACGAUCCCGACAACAUGGCCGCCGACCCGAAAAUUCUCGAUCCGCCGCACUGCGGUAUCUACUGUCCAUUAGAUGCAUUCACCGACCAGAUUCGUGACCUUGAUGGUUGGGAGAAGCGGAGUGGAAAGAAGAAUGCGGGCUGCGUUAUUGGCCUUCCGGAAUCCAUCAUCAUUGCCGGUGUACUGGUGGCUUUCUGCCUCCUUCUUUUAGUGGCGGCGAUUGUUGGUGUGUGCCAUUGGAGGAUGCGACGCGUGACCUAUCACCAGGCCUCACCGGUAUUUGCCCAACCCCUGCGCAGUUCAGCACCCAAAGACGUGGAGAAUGCUCCGCCGUCCCCGUUGGUGUAUGUGCGUCCCAGUCAAAAGCUGCUGAAUGCGGUGGAAAAUGGUGUGCAUGAUUCACGGUUGUGAACAGCAUUGGUCCUGUAGCUUUAAAAUGCAUGGCUGAUAAUUACUCAAAGAACCUUAAAAAUACUUAACGAAGGACACCAACGCAGUAAGCGCAAGGUAUACGCUAGAAAUGACUAACGCCCAAGAAGAUGCCCAUUACCAAGCGGAAUGAUUUAAAUUUUCUGUAUCUAAUAAUAUUUGAAAUUUAUUUAUUGUGCAAUCUGGUUUGGGCAACCUUCGACCGCUAUAUGUAGGCAAUGUUUAAUAAUAAUGCAGGUCGGUUUCUGUCACAAAUCGACACAUAUUGUUAUGGUUUUCAAACCGUUUUCCCG